UCCUGCUGAGAAUGAUCGUUUUAUGGUGUACAUAAAUUAAAAUUCUAAAUUACACGUUUCCCAUAUUUAGAAUGAUGCAUAGUUUCAUAUUCAUAAAUAGUGUUCGUCUGAUGACGCAGACGUUUUAAUUAAUGAUCGCACGACGAAACGUUAUUUCGAUUGUUUGACAAGUUUGGUACAAUGCUGUGAUUUGCAUCAUUCCAAUAGUUAUAUCUUUCGAACAUAAACAAAGAUAGGUCUCGACAAACGCAAUUCUCUCUACCACAAUCAUAGAGAAUAUAAAAUACAAUAUAUAUAAGAAUAAAAAGAAAAAAAAAAAGAAAAAAACGAAUAUUAUUAAUAAAACAAUAAAAUAUGUCUCAGUCUUCCAAGAAAAUUGAAAAAGUUUAUGAAGAGUUCAAUAAUCAAGCAGAUCGAAUUAAUUAUUUAAUUAAAAAAUUUACAGAAUUGAAAGAAACAAUUUGUAAAUACAAAAAAAUUCGAAAUUAUUGGGAAUCACAUUAUUCUACUUUAUCUAUGAAUAUUUGGGCAGGACAAAUCAAAUAUCUAGAAUUACGGAAAAAAGAAGCCAAUCUUAGAAAUGAAAUUUCGGAGAUUAUAAAAAUAAUCAAAUUUCAACAACAAGAAUUAAAAAAUUUAACAAAAGAAAGAACGAUAUAUUUUACGAAACAAUGCGAUAAAUUUCGAAUUAUGGAUAUGAAAUAUACAAAUAACUUUCUGCGCGCACAAAAAGAAUACUCAAACGAAAAUUUAAUCAAAGAUAUUCAAGAAUUCCAAAAAAAAUACGAAAAAAUAUAUAAUGAAUUACCAAUACUUAAAGAAAAAGUAAUAAAACUAGAAACAUUAUGUGAUUUGAAUGAUUUAAACUCUAAGAAAGAAACUGAAGAAAUAUUGAAAAUUAAUCUGUACUAA